UCUGCCACGUGGGAAAGAAAUUUAGCCACAUCAUGAAAAAGGCCACGGUGGCAAUGGAGGAAUAGGAUAAAGAGGAAACAUGGAAAGUCCAAAGGAAGGGGUCCGUGUCGGGUGGUAAGGUCAAGCUGUAACGGAAAGACAACCACUGCGCAACGCCGUCUCUUUUGCUUCAGCACACAAAAAACAUCAUCAGUGCCAGAAAACAGUAACAACAAUUUUAUAAAGAGAAACCGAAGGAAAAAAGUUUCAGUACUUAUAAAGAAAGAAAGCUGAGAAAAAGAAAAUUAAUAAUGAGACAAUGUGAAAGAUUUCUCAUCUCUUUCACUUUAUUUCUCUUCUUCUUCUGCUUCUAAUUCUGAAUUUCCAAUCAAUCAUUUCACUUCUCUUAUUGUUAGCAAAUGUGUGGCUGAGGGAUUUGUUUUUGGCCGUUGGAUCUCGUGAUUAAAGAUCAUGGGGAGUGUAGCUUCUGAUGAUGGCUCUGACCAGCAGAGCGACCGGUGCGGGAGUUAUAGCUUGAGCGCUGACGUCAGCGAGUCCGAGAGUUGUAGCAGCUAUUCCUGCCGGCGGUUCGACGGAGAAGGUUGUUCGAGUUCGAUGACGUCGUCUCCGAGGUUACGGGCUGCUGGAGGGUUCGAUUUUCAGGUACCGUUGAUGUUGCCGGUGAUUGGAGGGAAGGAUGCCGUGAUUUGGGAUGAUGAGAAGCCUGAGAAACCGGUCACCGAUUUGUCUGAAGUUGAGAUGAUGAAAGAGAGAUUUGCCAAGCUUCUUUUAGGAGAAGAUAUGUCUGGAGGUGGGAAAGGAGUGUGUACUGCACUUGCCAUUUCGAAUGCAAUCACAAAUCUCUCUGCAACCGUCUUUGGUGAGUUGUGGAGGUUAGAGCCAUUAGCACCACAAAAGAAGGCAAUGUGGAGGAGAGAAAUGGAGUGGCUCUUGUGUGUGAGCGAUUCGAUUGUUGAACUUGUACCAUCGAUACAACAAUUCCCUGGAGGAGGCACAUAUGAAGUUAUGGCGACAAGGCCACGUUCAGAUUUGUAUAUAAAUCUUCCUGCCCUUAAGAAGCUUGAUGCAAUGUUGAUUACCAUGCUUGAUGCGUUUCGUGAAACAGAGUUUUGGUAUGUUGAUCGGGGAAUAGUUGUGGGUGAUGGUGCUGACCGUCAUGCUUAUCCGUCGUUUGUUUCUGGAGGGAGGCCCUCGAUUAGGCAGGAAGAGAAGUGGUGGUUGCCAUGUCCAAAAGUGCCACCAAAUGGUUUGUCAGAGGAUGCAAGGAAGAAGUUGCAGCAAUGUAGGGAUUGCACUAACCAAAUACUGAAGGCAGCUAUGGCGAUUAAUAGCAGUGUGCUCGCAGAGAUGGAGAUACCUACUGCGUACCUGGAGACCUUACCAAAGAAUGGAAAAGCUUGUUUAGGAGAUACCAUCUACCGCUAUGUAACAGCUGAUCAAUUCUCGCCAGAAUGUCUCCUUGAUUGCCUUGAUCUGUCAACAGAACAUCACACUCUGGAAAUAGCUAGCAGGAUUGAGGCAGCAGUACAUGUUUGGAAGCAGAAAGAUCAAAAGAAACACAUCAAUCAAAUGAAAGUUAGGCGCUCAUCGUGGGGUGGAAAGGUCAAGGGUCUUGUUGCUGACAGUGAAAAGAAUAAUUUUCUUGCCCAAAGAGCUGAGAUCCUCUUAAAUAGCUUGAGGCUUCGUUUUCCUGGUCUUCCACAGACAGCAUUGGAUAUGAACAAAAUUCAAUAUAAUAAGGAUGUUGGGCAAUCAAUUCUAGAGAGCUACUCGAGGGUGAUGGAGAGUUUGGCCUUCAACAUUAUGGCAAGAAUAGAUGAUGUCCUUUAUGUUGACGAUGCUAUAAAGCGCUGUGCUGCUACGGCCGAAACAAUCUCCCUAUUCAGCAGGAGCGGUUUGAGUGGGCUUCCAAUCCAGAGGCGAAUGUCUCCGAGUCCCUUCUCAAUUCAGCACACUCCUUAUGCCUCUCCUUUCGCAACACCAACCUUCUGUUCUUCAACUCCACUCACUGGAAGCCCAGGAAGGGCACCUUCCUACUUGAGCAGAAACGGUGGUCCUAAGGAGGAACCUGACUGGAAAUCAGAAAAACCAUGUGCGGUUGAAUUUGAGAGGGUGUGGUCAUAUACGGGGAGCCUUAAUACAAGAGGAGUUUCUGAAAAUGCUCCUGAGAGAGACUUGAAAUCAAUGAUUCAUGAUCCUAUCUGAGAUAAAGCUGUCGUGUUCUAUGGAUAGUAGAAAAAGAAGUUACACAGUUUCGUCGGGUUGGUGGCUGACAGGUUAACAGAAAUCUAUGAUCUAAUCUUGUAUAUUUCUUAGAAGUAGGAAUAUCAGUAUCGAAGUUUUUGGUUUUCAAAUCGUGUUAGUAAAGGGAAGAAGAUUAUGCUUUAAGCAAAAUUGCUACUAAUGCUGUUCAUUAAAAGUAUUCUAUUGUCCUUUUUACGUUGAAUUUUCCUAGCCAGUUUCAUUGAUUUACAGAGUGCACUUGACCACCAGCUAUCAUUCAAGCGGGCAAUUUACUCGGACCAAAACAAUAUGUGGCUCGGAAAAGGUUAACUAGCCAAGAGGGCUUAGGGUUGCUUGGAACCCACUCAGGAGGUGGUCAGAACAAGUUACAGUGGCAGGGCAGUUCUCUAAAGUUUCUAAAUCAAACACAAAUAUAAGUCGAUCUUCAGAAUAACCAUAUCUUGGAGGGAUGGAGAGACCAGCCGAAUAGAUUAUGAGGUUUCCUUUACCCCAAUAAAAUUCAGAAGCUGAUGCAGAAAUUGCUUUGAUGCAAGCCCUGAUACAACAUUUGAUCCCCCAAACUUUCCAUCUCAUCCCACUUAUGCUCUUAUUCAUUUAUCCUGAAAAUUCUAAAACCAACCACAGAGCUACCAUAUCUCACGGGCUUGUCAGCAGCAGAAUCUGAAGUUUUAUCACCAGACUGAACCAAGAACCCUCUGCUAGAGGGAGAGCCAACAGGUUAUAGGAAACUAACGUUUAAAGAUUGGUCAAUGACUAUAGUUCUUCCUUCCCGCGGGAUGGCAUAGAACUUCCUGUUAAAGCAAAUGAUAUCCUGAUGGAUAUGAAAACCAUCCACAAAGAUUGGUACUUGACCAAAUGAAGGCAACUUUCUCUCUGUAUUCAUGGGGUUGAGGCUCUAAUCAUCAAGAUUAUAUUUACUAUAUUGACCAACAAAUUCAUUACCCAAUUCAAUGAAUUGAAAGUUUGUCAAAUCCAAUGCCUUUGGAAAUUAUACCAGAAGAGGUUUCAACUCGGAAUCUGAAAGAUGCUUCAUCUUGCAACGGUAGUCACCUUUUCUGAUAUUGACAACCAGCAAGCAGGAGCUGUUUGGUUAGCCCCAGGGAAUCUAACAAAGUAAAAGGUGAUUCUGGUAAUAUGGCCGAGGGAGUAAUCACACCUACCUCUGGUUUCUGAUAGGAGCCAUCUGGGUAAAGGGUAAACUUUGGGUGGAAAAGAGGAACGCCAUGAAGAGCAGACAGGCUGUGUACUUGUUUUAUUACUGCUAUACU